CAUUUUUUAUUCUUACCUUAAUCGGACCCGCCCAGAACACCUGGUACCGAGUCCCACAGGUAGGGAGGGUCCUGUUUUUAUAACUAUGGAUAGAACCUUCUUAAGGCUAAUCAAUGAUAUAAUUUUGGAAACUGACAAGACAAUUGAAGUUAGAGGCUGUUCCCUUUGACUUGUGCCAUUUCUUCUCUCAAUAAACUUCUAUUGAUGCCCCGCUCCACGUUCCAUUCUUCAGUAUCCUUUGUAGUUUGAACCUUCCUCACACUCCCACUUCAGAAACCAAUCAAAGAGAGAGAGAGAGAGAGAUGGGUAGAGCUCCUUGUUGUGACAAGGCAAAUGUAAAGAAAGGACCAUGGUCACCAGAAGAAGAUGAAACGCUAAAGGAUUACAUAGAGCAACAUGGCACUGGAGGGAAUUGGAUUGCGCUUCCUCAAAAAGUUGGUUUAAAAAGAUGUGGUAAGAGCUGUAGACUAAGGUGGCUUAAUUAUCUUAGACCCAACAUCAAGCAUGGUCAAUUCUCUGAUGCAGAAGAUAAAAUAAUCUGCAGCCUCUUCGCUAGCAUUGGAAGCAGGUGGUCCAUAAUAGCAUCUCAGUUGCCAGGGAGGACUGACAAUGAUAUAAAAAACUACUGGAACACCAAGCUCAAGAAGAAAAUGAUGGCCAUGAAUCCUUCAGUACUCCAAAGGAAGCCUCAACAAAUUACCCUUUUAUCCAUCCUUCAAAGUUCAGCAUCAUCAUUCAGAGACAGCAACAACAUCUCAUACUACCACCCUCACGGUUCCUUUUCCUACUCAUCAUCAAGUCUUGUGAGUGGUAACAACUCUUCUGCUAAUGCUGAUUCCUUGUUUCAAGCACAAGAGAGUUUCAUGGACCCCAAGUGCCAAUUCAAAGAUAGCAGCAUCUUUGUGUCUGGAGGUGAAGCCACAGCCACGGCCACGGCCACUAGUUGCAGCUCUUCUGAUGGGAGCUGCAACAACCAGAUAAGCCAUGUCAUGGAGCCUGCUGAGUUUGGUGAUGCAAGUUUUGUUGGUGGGGCCAAUAAUCACAUCUACAGUGGGGAGGAAGAUGAUAAUAAUACUCAGAAGUUGAUGAUGUUCUCCAAUGCUGGUGGUAGUGUUAGUGGGUGGACAGGCAAACAAAAUGGAUUAUUGUGGGAACAAAAUCCAUUGGAUUAUGGUCUUGAGGAAAUUAAACAGCUCAUUAGCACUAAUAACAGUUGCAACAACUUUUUGUUUGAUGACAAGAAGACACAAGAAAGAGUCACGUACUACUGAUCGAUGAUGAUUUCUUCAGACUUAUGACUUGUUGGACUCAAUUUGUUUGUGCUUUUGUGGGAUGGGUUUUUAGUUUUAGUUUUUACUUUUUAGUAUUGAAUAGAAUUGAACCACUUUCUUUGUUUGAAAGUACAUUUAAAGUUUUCUUUUUGCAGUUACUUUGCCGAGGUAACCCUACCCAUUCACAUUCAAACCAUACACAUCCCCUAAGGAAGAUAAAGAAAAGGAGGAACGAGGAACCUUUGAUAUGCUUAACAAGAGUUCCCUAUUUGUAAUUCUUUUAUCUUCCAAACAUCAUCAUAAAGAAGCUUGCAGCAGCAGUCCACUAAUAUUUUUCGUGUAUCUCAUGCAUUAUCUAAUAUUAUUAUAUAUAUUUCACUUU